CUUAGCGGUGAUUGCAGAUCGCUCAGUUGAUUUUGGAAAGUUUUGACUGUGACUGCCGUUUCUGGCUGUUGUUCCCGAUAUGACAUCGUCGGAUAAUCUUCCUCUUAAUGAACUUGAAAAGGAAUUGCUAGAUCCGAAUUCGGAAUGCUAUUUGGAAAACUUGUUGGAUGUGGUUUCAGCAUUGGUUAGUGAUUGUGACUUUCCUUCCGCUAAAAAUUCAAAAAGCGUUCAGUCUUUCCUUAAAAAAUAUAGUCAAGCUGCCAAAAUUAUUGAAUCACGUCGCACAAAAUAUAAUGAUUUUGAAUUAAUUAAGGUGAUCGGGCAAGGAGGAUUUGGCCGAGUUGAAUUAGCUAGACACAAGCGUACACGACGUGUUUAUGCCAUAAAAUUAAUGAGUAAACAACACUUAUUAGACCAUAGUCAAUCUGGUUAUUGGGAAGAACGUGAUGUUAUGGUGAAAGCAUCAAGCGAAUGGUUGGUUGCUUGUCAUUAUGCGUUUUUAGAUAAAGACAAUGUUUACUUAUGUAUGGAAUAUAUGCCUGGUGGAGAUUUAUAUUAUUGGUUAGAGAAAUAUGAUACAUUUGAUGAAACUAUUGCACGAUUUUAUCUUGCAGAAACUGUACUUGCUCUUGAAGCAUUACAUGAAUUAGGUUUUAUUCAUCGUGAUUUAAAACCAGAUAAUAUGUUAUUAGAUGCUGGUGGACAUUUAAAAUUAGCCGAUUUUGGUUCUUGUGUACGUGUUGGUGAAGAUGGUUAUUAUUAUUGUACAUCACCUAUUGGUACACCAGAUUAUAUUAGUCCGGAAAUGUUAAGUUGUCAAGCAAAAGCUGGUAAAAUUGGACCUGCUUGUGAUUGGUGGGCUUUAGGUGUUAUUGCAUAUGAAAUGUUUUUUGGUGAACCAGCAUUUUAUGGACAAUCAUUAGUUGAAACAUAUAGUCGUAUAUUAGGUCAUGAAAAAUCAUUACGUAUACCAACUGAUGCUGAUCCAAUUUCAUCAGAUACUGAAUUAUUUAUUAAAGAUUUAUUAAAAUCAUCUACAACUCGUUUAGGUUCAUUUGAUUUAUUAACAGAUAUUGAAAUUAAAUUAGCAAAAAAUAAUCGUGCUGUUGCUGCUGCUCAACAAGUUAAAUCACAUGCUUUCUUUAAAUCAAUACAUUGGGAACAAUUAAGAUCAGAGAAUGCACCAAUUCAACCAGUUGUUAAUUCAGAAACAGAUACAUCAAAUAUUAAUUUUGAUGAAAGAGAUUUAAGUUCAGAUAGUAGUAGCGGUGGUGGUAUGAAAUUACCUCAUAGUGGUGGAGCAUUUGCACCAGCACGUCCACAACCUCCAGCUUAUUUUACUGGUAGUAAUUUAUCAUUUGCUGGUUUUACAUUUAAUCGUUAUCAUCGUUAUUUAGAAAUGUUCUCACGUAAUUUAAAUAAUCAUAAUACAACAGAUCUAAAAACUAAUAAUCAUCAACAAACUUUAUUAAAUGAAACAUUAGAAUGUCAAAAAUUCACUGAACAAACAUUAAAUGAAUUAAAACAAUCUUAUCAACAUUUAGAAUGUCAAUCUAUUAAAGAUCAAAUUACUUUAAAAGAUCUAAAUAGACGUUAUAUUGAAUCACAAAAUGAAAUAGAACAAUUAAAGAAUAUUAAAGUUGAUUUAGAUCAUCAAUUAAAUGAUGUUUAUACACAAUUAAGUAAUAUACAAUAUGAACGUGAAUCUAUACAAAAUGAAUUGAAAGAAUUAGAUCAACGUUAUCAAUCUAUUAAUAUAAAUUUAGAUAAUGAACGUCGUGAUAAUUCUAUAUUAAAAACUGAAAAAGAACAAUUAGAAUAUCGUAUUCAUCAAUUAGAACGUGAAUUAAAACAAAAAUCUAUUGAAUUAGAUCAAAUUAAAUCAAAAUUAAUAAUCACAUCUCAAUCGAUCAAUGAUCCAUCUACUACUACUAAUACUACUACUCCUAGUAGUAUACACCAAGAUAAGCAUGAUCAAGAUGGUAUUAUUACACAACAGAAUGAAAUGAUUUAUAAUUUAAAAAAUCAAAAUAUUAAUUUACUUAAAGAGAAUGAAGAAGUUCAAGAGAAAUGUACAACAUUAAUGAAUCUUGUUACAGAAUUACGUUAUAAUUUAGAAGGACAAAUUAAAGAAUUAACUGAACAAUUACAUAAUAUACAAGAAUUAAAUAAUAAUCAUUUAAAUAAAUAUAAAGAAACUUAUGAAUUAUUAGAACAAUCUAAAUUAUCCGAAGAGAAUAUACGUCGUGAUUUAAUAGUAACUAAAGAAAAUCUUGAAGUAACCAUGACAACAAAACGUUCUAUGGAAGAACAAUUAAUACAAAAAGAAGUGGAAUUAUCUAUGACACGAAUACGUUUACGUAAUUUAGAUACAAAUCUAAAUACAUUACGUAAUAGCUCGAAUAAUGAGAUUUUACGUUUAAAUAAUUUAUUAGAUCGAAAUAUGAAUGAAAUAAAUAGUUUAUCAAAACAAUUAGAUGAAAUGCGUAAUCAUUGUAGUACUAUAGAAACAACAAAUAAUACACUUACUGAACGUAUACAACAAUUACAAAAAGAUAAAGAUAUACAACAACGUAAUUUAGAUACAUUAGUUGAAAAAUUUUAUAGUGAAAUGAAAUCUCGUACAUUACAACCAUCGGCAAAAUCUAAACUCAAUAAUCCUCGUCAUAAUGAUGAUGAAUAUAAACAAUUAGAAAAAAAAUAUAAAAAUUUACAAUCAACAAGUCAUAAAGAUAUUCAUAAUUUACAUAAUACAAUAGAUCAAUAUAAAAAAGAUUUAGCUGAACGUAAUCAACAUAUAACACAAUUAACUGAACAAUAUCAAUUAAUUUAUAAAGAAUUAAUACAACAAAAACAAUUAGAAAGAAAUUUACGUACACGUUUAAAUUAUUAUGUACAAAUACAAUCAAUACCAUCAAUGAUGAAACAAUCUAUGGAUGAUGAUAAUGAUAAGGAUCUAGAUCAUCAUGAUGAUGAUCCUAAUACUCCUACUACUACUAGUACUAGUACUACUACAAUGGAUCAAUCAAUACAAUCUCAGAAUCCAACAUUGAUAUUACCUAAUAAUAAUAAUAAUAUGACAAUGGGUCCAAUGUGUGGAAUGAAUACAAAUAUAUUAAAUAUAAUCUUAGAAGAUAUAGUUGAUAUUGAUAGUAAAGGUCGGGGUAAAAAUAAAUUAAUAUGGUUACCGAAAUAUGUUGUAUUAAAACGUUUCUCAUUAUUAUUUUAUACAUCAAAAAGUGAAUAUGAAUCAAAUCCUUCAUUAGCUGAAGAAAUUCCAUUAUAUCAGAUUAUGCAUGUACGUGAAGCAACUGAAUUAGAUUUAAUUCAUGCAAAAAAAGAAGAUUUAAAUAGAACUAUUCAAUUAUUUUAUCAAAAUCCAACAAAAAUUCAACAUCAUAUCUAUGAAGCUAAUAUUAUAAAUAGUGAUGAUAAUGAUAAUAUUGAUUUAUAUGAUACAAGUAUUACAUCAUCAAUAGCACUACCACUACCACCACCAUCACAACAACAACAACAACAACCACAGCAACAACAACAACACCAUCAAUCUUUAUUGAAAUUAUCAAGUAAAUCCAAUCAAGAUAUUACUACUCUUAGUAGUAGUAAUACUACUAAUAGUACUACUAAUAACAAUAAUAGUAAUACAAUACAAUGGAUGAAUCAUAAUUUUCAAUUAAUGCGUUUUCAUUUAGGUAAUGUAUUAUGUGAUAUAUGUCAUAAAAAUUGUUCCGAUUUAUUAAAUCCACCAAAAGCAUUAGAAUGUUUACAAUGUCGUAUGCGUAUACAUAUUGAUCAUAUUGAUAAACAUGAAAAAUUUGUCUCAUGUCAUAAUGCUACAAAUGUACGUUAUAUAAGAAUGUCUAAUUCAGCUAUAUGUAAAUUAUGGAUUGAACAAUUAAUGUAUUUACGUCAAUAUUUAAAAGAAUUACAACAAACUAAUGAACAAACAAAUAUAAUAGAUAAUCAUAAUACUACUAUUAAUCAUAAUCAUAAUAUUGUACAUAUGAAUUCAAUGAAAUCAUUAUAUCGUAGUAUACGUGCUGGUUCAUUAGGUCCUACUUCUUUAUCUGGUACUACUACAACAACAUCGAUGACGACAACGCCGAUGUCAACAUCAGGUACUUUAACAAUUACUAAUCAAAAAUCCGAUUUUCAAUCUUCAUUUCGUAAGAAAUUAAUUGGACCAAUAGUGAAUGUUACCAAUAAUAUUACAACAUCUAAUGUAAGUCAUUUAUUAUCACCAAAAUAUAAUAAAUCACCACGUUCAUUAUCACCAUCAAUGAAUAAUUAUCAAAAAUAAAUCAUUUUAUUCAAUAUCCUUAUUGUGUAUACUAUUUUCUUUAUAAUCAAUUAGUUGCUAAGUAUCAUCUGGUCUUCUGUAUUGUUACUAUGUCGUUUAUAUUUAAAAGGAAAUGAAAAAUUUUCUCUUUUUUUUUACUUCUUACUUUUUUUUUUGCAUUACAUCAUACUAUUUCUGUACAUUUUUGUUAAAAAGAAAUUGUACAAUCAAUCAUGUCUUCUUUCUUUUUUUUCCCUCUCCACUCCCUCCCCCCCCGAAUUGUUUUACAUUCAUACAUAUAUACAUAUAUAUGUAAAGAUGCGUGUAGAUAAUAUAUGAAACCUUUAUUCUGUGAUCCCCUACUUUUUAUAGACCGUACAUUUAUAUAUAUAUAUAUUUAUGAGAAUGAGAUAGAAAUUAAUCUAUUCACUUGUUGAUUACCCAUCCCAGUUAUCAUUAUUGACAAUAUAUAUAUAUAUCCCUUGAAAUUAUCUCUGUUUCUCCCCCUCCCCUUUUGUGUGUGUGUGUGUGCAUGUACGUGAAUGGGAAAACACAAAUAUAUAUACAUAUAUUUGAUUCAUAAUUUGACAGCGGAUUGAUAAUUGAUUUUUUUCACCUCCCUCCUAUCCCAUCACCUCCCCUCUCUUUCUCUCUUUAUGACACCUCAUUCCUUUCAUUUUUUUCAUUAUUUGUACGAAAAAGAAAAGAGAAAAAAAUAAACAAUCACUAGUAUAGUUUAUCGUUAUUAUUUCUUUUUUUAAAAAAUUCUUUUCUUUCUGCUUUUCUUCUCUCUUCUUUUUAUUCUUUACACAUUGAAUAUAAUGAUCAUUUGUAAUCUAUAACAUGUUUUGUAUGUAUUGUGAAUAAAUAGUUUACUGUUUGUUAUUAUUUCAUUCAUAAUUUCUUUCAUGUUAAUACAUUGUGUAUAUGAUUGAAUAAUGUAAAAGAAAAAAAAUUAUUAAUCACUAUGCUGUUUUUGUGUGUGUGUGUUGAUUUUUGUGGCUACUAUUUGAUUGGUUAAUUGAUUGGUUGAGUUGGGGGAACCAAUGGAAGGAUAAACAUCCCCCUUAUACACACUAAUUGUACAUACAUAUAUAUCAAUAGAAACUAUAUAUAUACAUUGAUAUUAUAAAAGUUUAUACGUUAUAUUGCUCUUUGGUAAAUAUUUUUGCAGAGUAACAAUUAAAUUUUUGUUUUGUUUUAAUUAUUAUUGAUUUCUUUGUUGUUAUUCUUGUUAUAUAACGGUUGGGAUUCUUUGUCUGUACGAAUAGAAUGUUAAUAGAUGAAUAUCUACAUUAGAUAUUUUAUUUGGUAUCUAUGCUAUAGGACUUUAAUGUAACUUAAAUCAAGAAUAUGUGAUAAGACUUACUUACUUACUUAAGCCUGUUACUACUUGUGGAGGAGCAUAAGCCGCCGCACACAAGCAUUCUCCAUCCAACCCUGUCCUGGGUAAUCUUUUCCAGUUAUUAUUCAUCUUUUUCAUAUCUACUUUUAUUUCCGACGUAACGUGUCCUUUGGCCUUCCUCUUUUCUGCUUCCAUUCAGGAUUCCUAGUUAGGGCUUGCCUGGUGAUGCAGUUUGAUGAUUACCGUAAUGUAUAUCCUAUUUACUUCCAAUGUCUUUUCCUAAUUUCCUCUUCAGCUAGAAGCUGGUUUGCUCUCUCUCACAGUGGGCUGUUGCUGAUAGUAUCCGGCCAAUGGAUGUUGAUUAUCUUGCGUAGACAACUAUUUAUAAAUACUUGUAACUUCUUGAUGAUGAUCCUGACCGUUGUUGCUACCUUGACGUGGUGGUCGGGCUUACCUAUCGUGAUGAAGCAACCGAGCUAUACUGGCUGGAACAACCGUUCCUCAAGGUCCUACUAUGUCAGACAGGUCGGUUGAAGAGCGGUAAGACUAAAAGCAACAAACUCAAGGUCCGAAG